CUCCACUUUUCCGCAACUAAAGACUGUUGACGGAAAGUUCGACAUCAAUCAAACAAAAUAACAUCAAUCAAUCAACCAACCAAACCGCAUAACAAAUAACAACAGUAACAUGAUUCCUGUAGUUUCAAGGAGAAUCUAAUUCUAAUGUUUCAUCUUUUUUGAAAUAAUAUGGCUGGAAAUAGACUUCAAAGAACUGGUUCGAUAUUUGAGCGCCUGAGCGGUCUUCUAAAGACAGGUGCCAUCAAAGGAGAAGACAAACCUAUAUGGUAUGAUGUCUAUAAAUCAUUUCCACCCAAACAUGAGCCCACCUUCAGUCGUCCACCUCUUCCUAAAGAAAUCAAACCAAUUUUUUAUCCUGAAGACAACAUAAGAGGGAAAUUCUUAAAGUUAUAUGGACCUGCAAGUGUGCACAAUUUACUUCAACCUUCAGAACAAUCAAUAAUGCAAAGGUUUGUUGAAAAAUACCAGUAUUUAGAAAAGAAUGGCAGUUUUAUGAAUGAAGAGGAUGUAUUUAAAGCCACAGAAGCCGCUUUGGAAGAAGAAGGAAUAACUUUCAUGCGUACAAAGGAAAAAAAUUUUACAGAUGAAAAUUCUUAAUAAAUACUGCCAUUGAACAAAAGGAGAAGUAUGCAGACAAACAAUUGGUUUGAUCGCUAGUAAUUGCUAAGAUAUCCAACAAUCAUGUCAUAAAGUUCCUUUUGGGCAGCAGGAUCUUUCUGUUGCUCCCUGCAAAGGAGAAAAACAUUUGAAUUCCAAAGAUCACAUGCUAAAAUAUUUAUCUUAAAUAUUUAUGUGUGAAAAUAUUCAAAUGUGUUGUACUGUAUUUCUUCAUUAUAUAUUAUACAAUUAAUUUUGAAAUAAGCAUUACGGGAAAAAAAAUUCUUAAUGUUACACUUAGUGCAUGAAAUUAGAACUGUAUGAUAUUUCUUUGUUAUGAAAUUUAGUUAUUUAUUGUUUGGGCUAACCAUUAUGCUAUAAAUUAAACUGUUUUUCCUUCUUUGAA